AUGUCAUCUUCAAACAGUUCCUCCUUUUUGGACGAUUUUCUACAUUCUCAAUAUUCUACCCCCAACACCCGCACUGUUUCGGCAAUAAUGCUCAUUUUAGUUAGCACAAUUGGAUCCGCCAUAAAUGCACUUAUUUUCAUCACCACACUUUCUCGACUCACGAAACACGAUGGAUUUCUGAAAAUUUGCUGUUUCAAUAGCUUCGGGAGCAGUGUGGUUUGCAUUGGGUACUUGGUUUUCCCGGUUCCAACAUUGUUAUUAGAAAAUCCGCCGAACCAGUGGCUCAACGCAAUAAUGGGACAACUCAUCGGCUGGUUUGGAUGGAGCAUUGGGCCGUUAUCACAGAUUUUAUUGGCCAUUAACCGGAUAACUGCUGUCUACUUUCCAUUUUUGCACAUGACAAAGUAUCGUAUAAAUCCUACAGAUUUUGGAAUCGGCUUUUCGCUACUGAUCGCGUUAUUCUCAUUUGCUGUUCUGCUUCCAGAAGGUUGUCACUACCUAUUUAAUCGUGACUAUCUUGGCUGGAUUGGUGAAGUCACACCGUGCACUGAAGUAGCUCAGAAUAUAUUUUUUGGGGUCAUGCUUACUAUUACAGUCGUGACAACUUUUUGCAGUGUUUUGUUAUUUAUGAAGUUGGUUUUGAACUCGCCCGAUCCAACAGUUUCGAGUGCUCAACUGGAAUAUCGUCAUAGAAAAAACCGGAAAUUAAUAAUUCAAGCAAUUGUUCAAAGCAUCCUUAUUAUAGUCGACUCACUUAACUCUACAAUAACCUAUAACAUAUUUCCAAAUUUAUUUUUUCAAUUCAUAACUCUCUCAUUUUCAAUGGUAUUUUUAAGAACUCUGGAGGGGUUCGUAAUAUUUUCUAUCAAUGAUACUGUUAAUGAAGAAGUGAGGAAAAUUAUUAGAGUCAAGAUUUUUGGUCUGAAGCCAAGAACAAUGAUAGUUCCAACCAUAUCGAUUUCUUUAAUUUGA